AUGUUGUUAAUUUUGGUGUGCUUGGUUGUCAUAUUGAUAGUCACAUUUUGGCUAUCCAUUAUUAAUAAAGAAUUUGAUAAAAUUCCUGGGCCCCCGGGUAUCUUUCUGCUUCACAAUACAUUAGACUUUUUGACGGAUCCAGUUAUAAUCUUCUACUACUUUAGGACGUUGUGUAACAAAUACAAAAGGCUAUUUAGAUUAAAAAUAGGUCCUGUGAAGUUAAUUAUUUUACAUAAUCCUGAAGAUAUAGAGACAUUAAUAACUGACACUAAAUGCAAUACCAAAGGAUUUUUGUACGAGUUCAUCAAACCAUGGUUAAAGGAAGGGCUGCUUACAAGUAAAGAUUCAAAGUGGCAUCAGCGAAAAAAACUGUUAACACCCGCAUUUCAUUUAAAUGUUUUAACAAAUUAUAAAUCUAUUAUUGAAGAAAACUGCCAGAAAUUUGUAGAAAAUCUUAAAGAACUCAUUAAUGAACCUAAAUCAGAUAUUGCACCGUAUAUUAAUGAUUUCGCAUUAAAUUCUAUUUGUGAAACUGCAAUGGGCACUAAACUAGACGAUGAAGACAACAGUUUUGGAAAAAUUUACAAGAAAGCAAUAUAUGAGUUAGGUCAAUAUGCUGUGUACAGAGCGCAACGAGUGUGGUUGUACCCCAACAUAAUUUUUAAAUUCACCGAUACAGGACGAAAACAAGAGUGUGUUUUGAAAAAUUUGUCAUCGUUUCGCGAUCGAGUAAUCGAAAACCGACGAAAUUAUUAUAACAAUCCAUUAUUGAUGAGAUCAAUGAUAAAGAAUAAUAACAUUAUUGAUGAGAUCAAUGAUAAAGAAAACAAUGUAGAGAUCAGUGGUAAAAAGAAAAUGGCUUUGCUAGAUCUACUGUUACAAGCUGAAAAAGACGGUGUUAUUGAUGCGAACGGGAUUGGAGAGGAAGUAGACACAUUUAUGUUUGGUGGACAUGACACAUCGGCUAAUACUCUGCAGUUUACAAUGAUGUUAUUGGCAAAUAACCAAUAUGCACAGGAAAAGGUAGUAAAUGAAUGCAAUGAUAUAUUUGGAUCAACGAACCGCCCUGCAACGAUGUCAGAUUUGUCGCAGAUGAAAUAUUUGGAGUGCUGUAUCAAAGAAAGUUUGAGGCUAUACCCACCACUACCUGUAAUAACAAGAAAAAAUCAGCAUACAUUCAAAUUAGCGGAUUACGAAAUACCUGCGGGGACAGAAUGUGCCAUUUUGAUAUUCGAUCUGCACCGACGAGCCGACCAAUAUGUUGAACCACUGGAAUUCCGACCGGAACGGUUUCAGAUCGAACCUACGUGGCAUCCCUAUGCGUAUAUACCUUUUAGUGCAGGACCCAGGCGUUGUAUUGGUCAAAAAUUUGCUAUGAUGCAACUUAAGCUGGCAUUAUCAGCUGUGCUACGUCGGUACCGCCUACUGCCCGUUACCAAACCUAGUGAUAUCAUAUUUUUGAUUGACUACGUUCUACGAGUUAAAAAACCCAUCUACGUAAAGCUAGAAGAACGUUCCUUUCGUAAUCGUGUUAUUGAAAAACGACGAAAUCUCAAAAAUAAUUCUAAAACCAACUUCAACGAAGAACUCAAUAUAAAUGAAAAUGUACACUUAAAUGGGAAAAAGAAAAUGGCUUUGUUAGAUCUACUGUUAAAAGCUGAAAAAGAUGGCGUCAUUGAUAAGGAAGGAAUUGGCGAGGAAGUGGACACAUUUUUGUUUGGAGGUCAUGACACAACGGCUAAUACUUUGCAGUUUACAAUGAUGGCAUUGGCUAACAAUCAAGAGGCACAGGAAAAGGUAGUUAAAGAAUGCAACGAAAUAUUUGGAUCUUCAAAACGCUCUGCAGAUAUGUCAGACUUGGCGCAAAUGAAGUACUUAGAAUGUUGUAUCAAGGAGUCAAUGAGGCUUUAUCCUCCUAUACCUUCAUUAAAUCGAACAGUUAAACAGGAAGUAAAUUUAGGGAAAUACCAAAUACCUGUGGGGACAGAGUGCGGUAUUAUGAUAUUCGAUUUGCACCGUCGCAACGACCAAUUCGUCGAGCCUCAAGAGUUCCGCCCGGAAAGAUUUCAGGCUGAGCCCACAUGGCAUCCAUAUGCGUAUAUACCUUUUAGUGCAGGACCCAGAAACUGCAUAGGUCAAAAAUUUGCAAUGAUGGAACUUAAAGUAGCGUUAUCGGCUUUGCUACGUCGAUACCGCCUCCUGCCAGUCACAAAACCAAAUGACAUCAUCUUCGUUAUGGACUUCGUUUUACGUAUAAAGGAACCCAUCUACGUAAAGCUAGAAUUACGAAGUUAA